UUCAGAGGUCUUGGUUGGGAUGCUGAGGCUGGGUUGCGGGCGGUGGGCCGGAGUAACCCUGGGAUGAGGGAGAAACGGGAUAUGGGAUAGGCUUCGGUUCACAGACGGAGAAAUCCGGCUGCGAAGAAAGCGACCGGCAGGCAGAUAGCGGGGAGCCAGUACUACAAUCUCACGGGACGAAGGGUUUCUGGAAAGGGUAGAAAAGAGGGGUCCGAGAAACCGGGGGAAAGGAGAAAAAGACGAAAAUAAGUUACCUCCGCCCUCCACCCCAUCCCCAGCUAAAGUCUGCCAUUUUCAACUUUCAGAGCCUACUGACAGUAAUCUUGCUGCUUAUAUGUACCUGUGCAUAUAUCCGAUCCUUGGCUCCUAGCGUCUUGGACAAAAAUAAAACUGGACUGUUGGGUAUAUUUUGGAAGUGUGCCAGAAUUGGUAAGUAUCUUUUUUGUUUCCCACCAAUCCUUCAGCUGGAAGUUAUUUAUCAACCUUGUUUAUAUUUUAUAUAUACACAUAAAUCAGCUUUAAAAGCACAGGCUUCCCAAUUUGGUGCUAUUCAGUAAAAAUUUGCAAAUAUUCAUAAAAUUCUUUCUCAGUUGGCAUUUAAAAGUAUACUGCACAAUGCUGACUAACAUUUCACUUAUAGAGUUGGUGAGCCUCAUUUUUUCUAACUCAACUCUCUCAACUAUAAAGCAUUAAUUAUUAUGGAGAGGUAGAUUCAGACAUUUAUAGUUUAUUAUUUUCUGUAAUUUAUUUCAUAUUGCAUACUAUUUUGAAUUACCAUUCUUAUGCUUAUGGAAUAUUGGUUUUCUAUCACUCUACAGUGAAACAUUAAGGGGGAAAAGUAGAAAAUAUUCAGUAGUAUGUCAACCAAAUCUCAUGUUUUCAUAGAGUUGCUGUUUCUCAUUGAGUGAACUUUUUUUUUUCAUUUCUUAAAUAGAGUUUAAUAGUUUCAAAGUUUACAAAUUUAGAUUAUUUUUCUUAAAAUGAAGAAAAUAUAUUCAUUAAAAGGGAUGAUCAGUUCUAAUUUUUGCAUUGUUUUUUGAAGUAUGAUUGUACCAUUAGGCUAAAUACUAAUGCUACUGACUAUUCCUUUACUUGUCAUUGCUUUACAAAAUUUCUGCAUUUCAUAAUCAUAAGAAAUAUAUUCAGAAAUAUCCGUUGCAUUUACAUAUAGCUCCAUUUUCCUGAAAGUCAUUGAUACAAUAAUUUUCUCCUUUCUUUUAUUUUUCCUAGAUUUAGAUUUUUCUUAAAAAAAAAAAAAAAAAAAAAAAAGCUUAACUGAAACUUGAAUUCAUAUGUAAACUUUGAAUUAAAGCUUUAAAGUAGAUUGCAGACUCCUUAAGGUAUUUUCCUCACUUAAAAUGCCAUGAUUUUGACUGUAUCUAGUUUUGAUUCCUAACAUGGAAGAUAUAGAACACUUGGAGACAGUUGAACAUUAAAAAUAAAAACUUAGAAAAUGUUCAUUAAAAGGUUGUUUAAUAUCUAGCCUUAGGAAAAAAAGCUUUUAAUUGAUAUAAAUUUGAAGAUAGUUAUGAUAUGAAAGAUAGUAACCAACUGUUUAUUCUUAGACUGAAAAUUGAAUGACAGUUUACUUUUUUCAACAUCUACAGUUUUUGUUAGACAAACUAAAAACAUCAUUGACUGUAAUCAAAAGGAGAUAGAAAAUGUUAAGAAAUAUUCUCAUGGGAACAUAGAAUAGUUUAUCUCUCAGACUUGUGGAGGAGAAAGAAAUUUGUGACCAAAGAUGAACUAGAGACCAUUACUGAUCACAGAAUAGAAAAUUUCGAUUACAUCAAAUUAAAAAGCCUUUGUACAAAUAAAACUAAUGCAAACAAGAUUAGAAGGGAAGCAACAAACUGGGAAAACAUUUUCACAGUUAAAGGUUCUGAUAAAGGCCUCAUUUCCAAAAUAUAUAGAGAACUGACUCAAAUUUAUAAGAAAUCAAGCCAUUCUCCAAUUGAUAAAUGGUCAAAGGAUAUGAACAGACAAUUUUCAGAGGAUGAGAUUGAAACUAUUACCACUCAUAUGAAAGAGUGUUCCAAAUCAUUAUUGAUCAGAGAAAUGCAAAUUAAGACAACUCUGAGAUACCACUACACACCUGUCAGAUUGGCUAAGAUGACAGGAAAAAAUAAUGAUGAAUGUUGGAGGGGAUGCGGGAAAACGGGGACACUAAUGCAUUGUUGGUGGAGUUGUGAACGAAUCCAACCAUUCUGGAGAGCAAUCUGGAAUUAUGCCCAAAAAAUUAUCAAAUUGUGCAUACCCUUUGACCCAGCAGUGUUUCUAUUGGGCUUAUAUCCCAAAGAAAUACUAAAGAAGGGAAAGGGACCUGUAUGUGCCAAAAUGUUUGUAGCAGCCCUGUUUGUAGUGGCUAGAAACUGGAAAAUGAAUGGAUGCCCAUCAAUUGGAGAAUGGCUGGGUAAAUUGUGGUAUAUGAAUGUUAUGGAAUAUUAUUGUUCUGUAAGAAAUGACCAGCAGGAUGAAUACAGAGAGGACUGGCGAGACUUACAUGAACUGAUGCUAAGUGAAAUGAGCAGAACCAGGAGAUCAUUAUACACUUCGACAACGAUGUUGUAUGAGGACAUAUUUUGAUGGAAGUGGAUUUCUUUGACAAAGAGACCUGAGUUUCAAUUGAUAAAUGACGGACAAAAACAGCUACACCCAAAGAAAGAACACUGGGAAACGAAUGUAAACUAUCUGCAUUUUUGUUUUUCUUCCCAGGUUAUUUAUACCUUCUGAAUCCAAUUCUCCCUAAGCAACAAGAGAACUGUUCGGUUCUGCAAACAUAUAUUGUAUCUAGGUUAUACUGCAACAUAUCCAACAUAUAAAGGACUGCUUGCCAUCUAGGGGAGGGGGUGGAGGGAGGGAAAAAAAAAAUCGGAACAGAAACGAGUGUCAAUAUAAAGUAAUUAUUAAAAAAAAUAAAUAAAUAAAGUAUAUAAUAUUAAAAAAAAAAAAAAGAAUUAGAAGCUAUGUGAGAGGGGUAGGAAGAAAGAAGUGGGGUCUAUGGGAUGGGACUAGUUACUCCUGGAAUUUCUUCUUAAGAUACUAAGAACCUGAUUGAUACAUGGAGAUAUAUGAUCUUAAUAAAUUUUGUUCAACAUAAAAAAAAAAAAAAAAAAAAAGAAAUAUUCUCAUGGUUAUGACUUUAAAAGCCAAAGUUUACUUAUAGCAAAGCCAAAGAAGCUUAGGAGAAAAGAAGGUGAAAAGAAAAACAGAAAAGGAUAAAGGUAAACAAAAUGUUUUCAAACACACUAUCUUAGGACAAGAGAGAGAAAAGCAGCUGGAGCAUAGCAGCAACCUAAAUUCAUUCUCUGUAAGGGCACAAGGAGCCAUAGAUAUCCAAAUGCGUCUAAUGAUUGUAUCAGUAUAUAUAAUAAUAAUAAUCAGUGUUUUCAAUAGUAAUUAAUCUUGAUUACCAAGAAAAUGCUUAAUUGUGGUCAAUAGAUUCUGUUUACAAAAUCAGAAAAUUAUAUUGUUUCCAAAUGUUUCCCAAUAUAUCCCACCCCUCCAUGCCUUGUUAGAAUGCUUUCUUCUUAAAAAACAGUUAAAAUCAACCAUCAAUUCCUGUAUUUGAUAGCAUGUAUAGCAUCCAGUAUCCAUACUUCUUCAUCUGCUCUCCAAAUCCAACAUAAAUCAUUUCACUUGAGUUAAAACUAUGUUUUAGUCACUUUGUCAUUCAAUUUUACUCAUUGCAUGUCCUUGUCUGAUUCUUCUUUCCAUACUGUGUACCAGUUCAUGCAUAUCCUCCCAUUUUUUCUCUCUUAAUUUCUUAUGUACAUUGUUUAUUGCAGCAUAAUAAUAUUCUAUUACUUUCAUAUGUUGCCAUUUGGUUAGUCUUUCUCUUAUUGAGUUUUUGCUUUAUUUCCAGUUAUUUGCUACCACAAAAAUUUCUGUUUGGAGCAUUUUGCUAUUUGUGGGACAUUGCUUUCCUAUCAUUGGCCUAAAAAGAUUUUUCAAGUUUUAUUGGAAUAUAAGAUCCUUGUAAGCAGGGAUUAUUGCAUUUUCCUUGUAUCUUUGAUGAUGCUUAAUAAAAUGCUUGGCAUAGCAUUGAGAUAAUGGAUCCAUGAACUAUUCCAUGUUAAUUUUAAAACAUCCAAUAUAUAACUUUUGUUCUAUUGUAAUCUUCAGCUGUUUAUCUUAAUUUUCUCACCCCAUCUUUUAUAUAUAUCUAUAGAGAGAGAGAGAUAUAGAGAUAUAGAAGUAUAUAAAUAUAUAUAAUUUUUAGCUAUGGAGAGUUGAUGUAGUAUAAUGAAAAGUAAACUGUAUUUGUUGUGUGAAGGCCAGAAUUUGGAUUCCACCUUAGUCCAUUAGCCAUGUGACACAUCAUAAUUCUACCUUUUUGUGACUCAGAAGUAUCAUCUUUAAAAUGGGUGUAAUAAUAUUUGCAGUCUUAAAAGAUUGUUAUGAGAGGAAAGUGUUCCAUAAAUGUUACAGUGUGGUGCUGCAUUAAUAUGUUACUGCUUUCUUUUUUUUUUUUUUUUUUUUGGACUAUAUUGUCACCUUUACUUAAUAUUUGACACUGUGGAAUUUCAACAGUUUUCACAAAAUGAUUUAGAAAUGGCAAUACCAAAAUUUUAUUUCCUCAGAGAUGUCUUCUCUACACUCAGAAUAUACACACACAAACAAGGAAACUUUUAAGUGAGAGAAUGCACAGUCCAGAUCAUCUUCUCAUCUUACACAUCAUAUUACAACUGUUUUACAUUCACUUUGCACAGACCUAAAAUCAGACGAGUGGUAACAUGCUUACCAAGUUCAGCUAAAAGAUGUUUAACUCUACCACAUGGCAGUCUCUUUUAAGAAAAUUAAAAGCAGAAAAAUGAAACCCAUACGUAAAUUAUAAUGUUCAGAAUUGGAGGAGGAGGAUAAGAACUUCCUCAAAAAUUAAUUUCCAACAGAUGGAAAAUUGCAGACAAUAUUAAUUUCCUCAGUUAUUUGAGGUUUAACAAAACUUUGUACCAGAUGACGCUAUCUUGCCAUAACGACAUAGUGUGACACUUGCUUUGGGGAUCUAUUAGUGAAAUCUGCAUAAGUAUUGCAUGUUUCUGAAAAUGCUGGACAUAAUACUUUUUUGGAGGAAGUUUUCAGUUAAUCAGUAGGAUUGCAAACUUUCUGCCUUAAUCAAUGAUCCCAAAAGGUAAGCUCAAUUAAAUAAUGUCAGACUAAGAAACUUGUUUCUUCCGCAGCCACCCACUCCUCUUUCUCUACUCCCUUCAAAAAAAACCCCAAAAAGGGUUUUGAUUCGGCAAACCUAGAAACUUCUCUCGUAUUUUGUGAAUGUGUACGUUAAGCAAAAGCAGAUAUGUUUGUUCAAUUUAUAGUCUGGAGGAAGUAAAGUUUAUUCAGGAUAUUUUUGUGAAUGGCCUAAGGAAUUUUAAUCUAUUAGAUGACAGUUCACAGGAACAGCACUAAGUUGAACUUUGUAAAGGAGAAAAGGAUGUUUUGAAUAUUGAAUAAGUCAUUUUAUAAAUUUAAAAAAGUUAAUGAAGUUUUGAAGAGAUUGCACCAUGUACUUUGUACUAUGGAAGAUACCAUUUAAUGUCUCUUAAUUUCAGUUUCUUGAGUAAUUUUCAGGGAUAAGAUAAGUUUCUCUCUUUAAAAGUUCAGAUUGAACCUUUCCCAGUAAGAUCUGGAGUGAAGCAAGGUUGCCCACUAUCACCAUUAUUAUUUAAUAUCGUAUUAGAAACACUAGCCUCGGCAAUAAGAGUCGAGAAAGAUAUAAAAGGAAUUAGAGUAGGCAAUGAGGAAACCAAACUAUCACUCUUUGCAGAUGAUAUGAUGGUAUACCUAGAGAACCCCAGAGAUUCUACCAAAAAGCUAUUGGAAAUAAUUCAUAAUUUUAGCAAAGUAGCUGGCUACAAAAUAAAUCCCCAUAAAUCCUCAGCAUUUUUAUACAUCACCAACAAAACCCAACAGCAAGAGAUACAAAGAGAAAUUCCAUUCAGAAUAACUGUUGAUACCAUAAAAUAUUUGGGAAUCUAUCUACCAAAGGAAAGUCAGGAAUUAUAUGAGCAAAAUUAUAAAAAAGUCUCCACACAAAUAAAGUCAGACUUAAAUAAUUGGAAAAAUAUUAAGUGCUCUUGGAUCGGCCGAGCGAACAUAAUAAAGAUGACAAUACUCCCUAAACUAAUAUAUUUAUUUAGUGCUAUACCAAUCAGACUUCCAAGAAAAUAUUUUAUUGAUCUAGAAAAAAUAACAACAAAAUUCAUAUGGAACAAUAAAAAGUCGAGAAUCUCAAGGGAAUUAAUGAAAGAAAAAUCAAAUGAAGGGGGCCUAGCUGUACCUGAUCUAAAAUUAUAUUAUAAAGCAGCAGUCACCAAAACCAUUUGGUAUUGGCUAAGAAAUAGAUUAGUGGAUCAGUGGAAAAGGCUAGGCUCACAAGACAGAAUAGUCAAUUAUAGCAAUCUAGUGUUUGACAAACCCAAAGCCCCUAACUUCUGGGAAAAGAAUUCAUUAUUUGAUAAAAACUGCUGGGAUAAUUGGAAAUUAGUAUGGCAGAAAUUAGGCAUGGACCCACACUUAACACCAUAUACCAAGAUAAGAUCAAAAUGGGUCUAUGACCUAGGCAUAAAGAACGAGAUUAUAAAUAAAUUAGAGGAACAUAGAAUAGUUUAUCUCUCAGACUUGUGGAGGAGAAAGAAAUUUGUGACCAAAGAUGAACUAGAGACCAUUACUGAUCACAAAAUAGAAAAUUUUGAUUACAUCAAAUUAAAAAGCCUUUGUACAAAUAAAACUAAUGCAAACAAGAUUAGAAGGGAAGCAACAAACUGGGAAAACAUCUUCACAGUUAAAGGUUCUGAUAAAGGCCUCAUUUCCAAAAUAUAUAGAGAACUGACUCAAAUUUAUAAGAAAUCAAGCCAUUCUCCAAUUGAUAAAUGGUCAAAGGAUAUGAACAGACAAUUUUCAGAGGAUGAAAUUGAAACUAUUACCACUCAUAUGAAAGAGUGUUCCAAAUCAUUAUUGAUCAGAGAAAUGCAAAUUAAGACAACUCUGAGAUACCACUACACACCUGUCAGAUUGGCUAAGAUGACAGGAAAAAAUAAUGAUGAAUGUUGGAGGGGAUGCGGGAAAACUGGGAACUAAUGCAUUGUUGGUGGAGCUGUGAACGAAUCCAACCAUUCUGGAGAGCAAUCUGGAAUUAUGCCCAAAAAAUUAUCAAACUCUGCAUACCCUUUGAUCCAGCAGUGUUUCUAUUGGGCUUAUAUCCCAAAGAAAUACUAAAGAAGGGAAAGGGACCUGUAUGUGCCAAAAUGUUUGUAGCAGCCCUGUUUGUAGUGGCUAGAAACUGGAAAAUGAAUGGAUACCCAUCAAUUGGAGAAUGGCUGGGUAAAUUGUGGUAUAUGAAUGUUAUGGAAUAUUAUUGUUCUGUAAGAAAUGACCAGCAGGAUGAAUACAGAGAGGACUGGCGAGACUUACAUGAACUGAUGCUAAGUGAAAUGAGCAGAACCAGGAGAUCAUUAUACACUUCGACAACAAUAUUGUAUGAGGACAUAUUUUGAUGGAAGUGGAUUUCUUUGACAAAGAGACCUGAGUUUCAAUUGAUAAAUGACGGACAAAAGCAGCUACACCCAAAGAAAGAACACUGGGAAACGAAUGUGAACUAUCUGCAUUUUUGUUUUUCUUCCUGGGUCAUUUAUACCUUCUGAAUCCAAUUCUCCCUAUGCAACAAGAGAACUGUUCGGUUCUGCAAACAUAUAUUGUAUCUAGGAUAUACUGCAACAUAUCCAACAUAUAAAGGACUGCUUGCCAUCUAGGGGAGGGGGUGGAGGGAGGGAGGGGAAAAAAAAAUCGGAACAGAAACGAGUGUCAAUAUAAAGUAAUUAUUAAAUAAAAAAUUAAAAAAAAAAAGUUCAGAUUGUUCUACAGACCAACAAGCACUAUUAAGAUACUCUCUGAAGUAGCUCAGAGCCAGGUAAUUAUGGAAGAAAUUGGUGGGAAAACCAGACUGCUUAACUCAGUUAAGAAAGUUUUUAUCUCUGAUUGGUAAAAAUUAAUCAUGGCAACGUUAGGUCAGGAAUAUGCAAGAACAACCCCAAAACAACAAGCAUAUGAACAUGUCUUAAAUACUGGAGUUCUAGAUACUUAUUUGCUCAAAGAUGGUCUUCAAGGUAUUUUAGGUAUAGAAAUGUAAUAGUAAUGGACAGAAAUUCUUAUUUCUAAGAUUAAAUUUUAUGUCUUUUUUGCAUUUUCAUUUUUGAGCUUGUCUUCAAACCCAUUACUAAAAAUGUUGUUUAAUUGACUACUUUCCUGCUUAUCAUCACAUAUAUAUGCUUAUAUUCUCCUGUGAAUAAUCACUGUCUACCAUGAAGUCAUUCAUAUUUUAAAAAUACUUUUACUACUGUAUUGAUUUCUCCUUCUAUCUUAAUAUUAGAUUUUUUUCUGGUAUUAUUUAGAACACACAUUUAGCUUCUUUAUCAACUAAUUUAGUGGUUUCAUCUUUCUUGUUUAUCUUCCACCUUGUGCUCGCUCCACUGCAGUUCUUUGUGCCUCUUCCUAGCCAUCAAAAACUGUAAUAUGAUAGAUUAUGAAUUUUCAGGACUUCCGAUAUUUUUUAAAAGCACCAUGUACAGUAAGAAAUAAUUCUUAUAAGUUUAAAAUUAAAGAUAAAAUUGUUUUAAUAGAAUUCAUGCUUGAUUAUAUAGUAUUUGUGUAUGAAUAGUGGCUACUAUAUUGUACUUGAAGAAUCAAAAGGCCUGAAGUGGAAUCCAGCUUCCCUUCGUAGAAUUUAAUUAACCCUUAGUCAUUUAAUCACUUUCAGGCUCAGUUGUUCUCAUUAACAUCUCUUACCUCACAGGAUUAUAAGAAACAGAUGAGAUAACACAGGCAAACUUUAAAAUUUUAUACAAAUACUAACUACUGUUUUAGGCAUCCAUUGUUUUCAUGUGCUUUUAUGCUUUGAUUCUCCAGCUAAAGGAUAAGUAUCUUCCAAUUUUGUACUGCUUCUCCAUAGUGCUUAUUACAGAUAUACGCCCAUGUUAUGCACUCAGUAAAUGCAUAUUGAAUCAAAGAAAAUAAAUGGCUUUUUUUUUUUUC